UUUAUAGGGUUUUUGGAAGAAAAAAUCCACAACGUACAGAAAGGAGAGGACAAAGUUGCCAUUUGCUAUUAGUUUAUAGGGUUAUUGGAAGAAAAAGUCCACAACGUGCAGAACGGAGUGGAAAAAGUGACCGGCAUUUGAGCACGCCUCUAUUGAGAAUUGGUAUCAUGCGUGUGAAAAGCAUACUGCGGCAAGAGUGAAGACUGAAGAGUCAUGGCUGUCUUGCUCUCUGUCUCUCUCCCAAGUCCCAAGUUCAAACGGGCGAACAUUGAAACCCAGCAAGCGUUUUCUUUAAAUUGGUUGCAAGGACUGCUCAAAUCCAGAUUUCCAUUUUCCAGGUGCAACACUGCAACUCAGCAACUGGAAGGUGGAUAUGCAAGUCAAUCUCGAUCAGAAAAGAAAAAACAAGAAAGAAAAAAAUUGAUUCCAAAUUUCCAGGUUUUAUUGUUCUAUCACUUCUAUGCUAAAGUGUUUAUCAGUCAAAGUUUAGUAUUUUGGCUUGCUUUUGUUUGAGUAUUGUCUACUUGUCUAGCCAGUUUCAUUGUUUCAAUAAUGUUUCCUCGGAAACAACUCUCGGGUUCUCAAAAAAGAAAAAGAAAGGAAAGAGAAGAAGAAAUUAUUCAAUCUCAACGGGGAUCUUUAGAUAAACAUUUUGUUAAAGAAACAAAUGAAUCUGUUGAAGAUCAUGUUGAGAAUUUAGUAAAUGAACCUGAACUACAAAUUCAUUCUAAUGAGUUUGUAGAAAAUCAGAAUGAGGUAAACGAAGAACUUGAUGAUAUAGGUGAAAGUGAAAGUGAUGAAACAAAAAAUAAUGAAAAUCUUUCCCAUGAUGAAAUUAUUGCCAAUAAACUUGAAUGCUUGAAAUCAUCAGCUGAUUUGAAUAUUUUUUAUCCUAGAGUUUGGGAUAGUCUAGAUUCAAAAAUGAGAGACUUGCUUGUAGAAAAAGGGCCUAUUACAGAAACUAAUAUCAUCUUUCCUAAGGAUGAAUUAGGUCGGCACUUUUCCUCUGAGUUUUAUGUUCGAAAAUUACCAAAUGGUGAAUCUCUUGAUAGAAAAUGGUUGAUUUACUCAAAAGAGCUAGAUAAAGUUUUUUGUUUCUGUUGUAAAUUAUUUAAAACAGCUCGCUCGAGAAGUCAAUUAGCAAGUGAAGGGAUAAGAGAUUGGAAACAUCUUGGUACAACAUUAAAUUUACAUGAAAACAGUUCUGAACACCUCAAUAACUUGAGAACUUGGGCUGAGUUGCGAGUGAGAUUGAAUAAGAACCAAACAAUUGAUAAGGAGCUACAAGAGUUAAUUAGGAAAGAUACUGAACAUUGGAAAGAAGUUAUGGUCAGAAUAAUUGCUGUUGUGAAAUGUCUUGCAAAGAAUAAUUUGGCCUUUCGUGGAACAAAUGAAAAAAGUUAUGAAGAUUCCAAUGGAAACUUUUUAGGCUUACUUGAAAUGAUUGCUGAGUUUGAUCCCAUAAUGAAACAACAUUUUCGACUUAUUCAAAACAAAGAAAUUCAUUAUCAUUACCUCAGCCAUAAAAUUCAAAAUGAGUUGAUUGGUAUGUUGGCCUUAAACGUCAAGAGUGCAAUCAUUAAAAAAAUCAAGGAGGGAAAAUAUUUUUCGAUAAUCCUUGAUUGCACUCCUGAUGCAAGUCACAAAGAACAGAUGACUUUAAUUAUAAGAUGCGUAGAUGUGUCGGGUUCUCCAAUAAAAAUAGAAGAGUUCUUUUUAGAAUUUAUAAAUGUGGAAGAUACAUCUGGUUUAGGGCUUUUUAAUGAAUUACAAGCAGCUUUAGAAUCUCUUGAUUUAGAUAUUGAUUGUGUGCGAGGACAAGGAUAUGAUAAUGGAUCUAAUAUGAAAGGAAAACACCAAGGUGUUCAAAAAAGAUUGCUUGAUAUAAAUCCUAGAGCCUUUUAUAUGCCAUGUGGUUGUCAUUCUCUUAAUUUAGUAUUGUGUGACAUGGCAAACUCUUGUCAUAAAGAAAAAUCUUUUUUUGGAACAUGUCAAACAAUUUAUACGGUGUUCUCUAAUUCUACAAAGCGAUGGAGUGUUUUGCUUGAAUAUAUAGAUGACUUGACUUUGAAAUCUUUGUCAACUACGCGCUGGGAAAGUCAUAUUGAAAGUGUCAAAGCUAUAAAAACUCAAGCUGCCCAAAUAAAAGAAGCCUUAAAAAAACUAGCAGAAAUUAGUGAUGAUGGAAAAGUGUGUAGGGAUGCUGAAUCUUUGAUAUCUGGUGAACUUUCAAGCUUUGAUUUUAUUUUAAGUUUGGUUAUUUGGCAUGACAUUUUGUAUAAAAUUAACUUGGUUAGUAAAAAGUUACAAUCCAAAGAUAUGCUUCUUGAUGUUGCUGUGAAGAAUUUAGAGGGACUGGUUUCUUAUUUUGAAAAGUAUAGGGAAAAUGGGUUUAAUUCUGCCAUGAUUGAAGCUAAAGAAAUUGCAAAUGACAUGGGAGUUGAGCCUGUAUUUCCUAUAAAACGUCGUGUUUGCAGAAAAAAGCAUUUUGAUGAAAUUCCAAAUACUGAAAGAGAACAACAAUCUGCUCAAGAGUCCUUUAGAACUGAUUACUUUUUUUAUUUUAGUUGAUAUGGCUCUUUCUCAAUUAAAAAGCAGGUUUGAACAAAUGAAAACUUUUGAAUCUAUUUUCGGCUUCUUAUUUGAUGCAUCAAAGUUAGCUCACUUGGAUGAUGAUGAAUUGAAAAGUUGUUGUUUGAAUCUUGAAAAUGCUUUGAGAAAUGGUGAUGGUUCUGAUAUUGAUGCGAAAUAUUUGCUUAUGGAGUUACAAAUUUUGCAGGAGAUGCUGCCGAAUGAGGCAUAUGAAACAGAUAGGCCUUGGAUAUC